AUGCGUGGGAUCAAGGCUCGAACCAAUUUCGUCUACCCGGCGACGGAGCCUCACUCGGCGAGCGAUCAUUUCCUUCCACCUUUUACCUUCUCGAAGCAGUCACAGUCAUCCAGCAGGGACAUUAACUGCAUCCGUCAUCAGUUUGGCCAAUCUUCUAACUGGUCAUCGCUGGCAAACCAACAUUCCGGUGACUUCUCCGUUGGGUCUUCUGCUCAAAGAAACGAUUCUCCGAACAUGGUUUUAUUCCGCAACCUCUUGAAUUCAUCUAAUUCAUCUCUCCAAGCGCCGCCUCCUCAGUCUCUGGCGGACUAUAUUCCAUUAAUCCACGGAAAUGCUUCCUCUUCUUCGUUUUCUCUCACUUUUCCAGCUAAUUCAAGCAUUUUGCCCUGUGCAUCUUUGUUGAAAUCCUUUACCAACAACAUUACUCGAAGCGCAACCGAUUCUUUCACUGGCACAACCAUGACGCACACUCUCAAGGAAACCGUCGAUGAUAUGGAAUUCUUCCCGCAGAAGCCUUCAGAUUCCGGCUUGUUGCAGGAAAUAAUUCAAGGGUUCUUACCGAAGAAAUCAGGUGAACGUAAAGUUACCACGAACUGCACUCAACAUUCAAUAGCAGUUCCUGUGGAGAGUUUCGGUGGAGUCACUGGCUCUGAAUCGGUUCCCUAUGCUAAUGAAGUACCAACGAAAUACCUGCAGGUAGGUCAAGACUUCUUGUUAUAUGAUAUCUUUCAGUACCCAGAUUUCAUGGGUGCCUUACCAGCUAGGGUUCAAAAUGCUUGA